UCCAGGAUCCUCAAACAGAGGGUCGUCCAAGGGGAAGCCUGGCCCUGGCAGAAGUACUGAAGAUGCCUAUCCUGACAGAACAGACAUGGCUCUCUACCACAUCCCAGCCAAAGAUCUAGAUAAGUUCAUUCAGGACAUUCUCCAACCGGACUCAGGUUUCCAGGACCAGAUGAGCAAAGUCACAGAAACUAUCUUCAGGUGCCUACGGGAAAAGUGCUUCCGAACAUCUUCUCCCACCAUCCGGGUGCUAAGGGUGAGCAAGGGUGGCUCCUACGGCCGGGGCACGGCCCUGAGAGGCGGCUCUGACGCCGACCUCGUCGUGUUCCUCAGCUGCUUCAAGGCCUAUGCUGACCAAGGUGCCUGGCAGCCUGACAGUUUCGCUGAGAUCCGGGCACAGCUGGAAGCCUGCUGGCAGACACACCCCCAGAGCUUGAGCCUCCACUUCUCUGCUCAGGAGGAUCCUCGAGCCUUGAGAUUCAGGCUGGAGUCAGCCACACUCCACAGCUGGAUGGACGUCUCUCUGAGGCCUGCCUUUGAUGCCUUGGGGCCUCUCAACCCUGGCUCCAAACCUAGACCCCAGGUCUAUGUAGACCUGAUAAACAAUGGCUCUCCAGCAGGCACCUACUCCGAGUGUUUUACUGAGCUCCAGAGAGAUUUUGUCAACAGCCGCCCCUCUAAGCUAAAGAGUCUCAUCCUUCUAGUGAAACACUGGUAUCAACAGGUUACAUCUCGGUACAAGGCAGGGCGACAGGAUGAUGAGUGUUUGCCUCCAGUCUAUGCCCUGGAGCUCCUGACCAUCUAUGCUUGGGAGCAAGCAGGCAGAAAGGACAAAUUCCACAUGGCUGAAGGCUUUCUGACAAUCCUGGGCCUAAUCCGGGACCACCAGCAGCUCUGUAUCUACUGGACGGCCAACUAUGACUUUGAGGAUAAGACCAUCAGGAGUUGCCUACAAAAACAGCUGCAGAAGCCCAGGCCCCUGAUCCUGGACCCAGCAGACCCAACCUGGAAUGUGGGCCAGGGGAGCUGGGAGAGGCUGGCCUGGGAAGCUGAAACCUCUGGGUAUCAUCCCUGCUUUGUGAAUGGGGACAGGUCUCCAGUGCAACCGUGGGAUGUGAUGCCAACUCUACUUCAACAAACUCCAUCCUGGGACCUGGACAACUUCAUCAGUAAAUUCCUCCAGCCCAAUCGAGAAUUCCUGGGUCAGGUGAGCAGAGCCGUGGACAUCAUCUGUUCAUUUCUGAAAGAAAACUGCUUCCGGAAUUCAUCCACUAAGGUGCUCAAAGUAGUCAAGGGAGGCUCCUCGGCCAAGGGCACCGCCCUGAGGGGCCGCUCCGAUGCGGACCUCGUCGUGUUCCUCAGCUGCUUCUGUGGAUUCGAGGAUCAAGGGACCAACCGGGCGGAAAUCAUCACGGAAAUCCGAGCUCAGCUGGAAGCCUGCCAGCGGGAGAAGCAGUUUGAUGUGAAGUUUGAGAUCUCCAAAUGGGAGAAUCCCCGAGUGCUCAGCUUCACACUGACGUCCAAGACCCUGGACCACAGCGUGGACUUCGAUGUGCUUCCUGCCUUCGACGCUUUGGGCCAGUUGGGCUCAGGCACAAAACCCAAGCCGCAGGUCUACAUUGAUCUCAUUAACAGCUACAAUAAUGGAGGUGAAUUCUCCUCCUGCUUCACUGAGCUGCAGCGGGAUUUUGUUAUCUCUCGUCCCACCAAGCUGAAGAGUCUGAUCCGCCUGGUAAAACACUGGUAUAAGCAGUGUAUGAGGGUUCCCAAAGGGAGAGGGGCACUCCCCCCACAGUAUGCACUAGAACUCUUGACCAUCUAUGCCUGGGAACAGGGGAAUGGUACAGCCCAAUUCAACAUGGCUGAAGGCUUCAGGACAGUCUUAGAACUGGUCCAGAAUUACAAGAACCUCUGUAUCUACUGGAAGGUCAACUAUGACCCUGAGAAUGAGACCAUCAAGAAUUUCCUGACUCAGCAACUCCGGAAACCCAGGCCAAUCGUCCUGGAUCCUGCUGACCCAACUGGGAAUCUGGGCCAUGGCACCCGCUGGGACUUAUUGGCAAAGGAAGCUGCCUCCUAUGCAAAUUCCGUGUGCUGCGCAAACAAGUCUGGAGACUUUGUCCUGCCUUGGACUUUGAAGGAAGGAGGGAUAAUGUUAAAAUCUUGGUGGAGCUGGUGGUAUGAUCGUCAAGCGCUUUACUUUGAGCCUGCUGACAAUCUAGAUCGAUUCAUUCAGAAUGAGCUACAGCCCCAAGAAAAGCAUCUGAAGCAGAUUGACAAGAGUAUUGAUGACAUCUGUGAGUUCUUGGAGAAGCAGGAGCCUCCCAUUCAAGUGAAGGGUAUAGCUGUGGGUGGGUCCUAUGGCAGAGACACUGUUCUCAAAGGCCGCUCUGAUGGCACGCUUGUCAUCUUCCACGAAGAAGAAUUUGAAGGGGAGCUGAUAAAGUUGAAGCUGUUGGCAAUGAUGAUGAAGGUCAAGAUUUUAGAGGAUAAGCACCAGAUGGUACUGACUGAGUCUGACCUAUGCAUUACCUUUGACGUUCUUCCCAUUUUCAGUACCUUGGUUGAACCAAGUGGCUGUCACACUCGAACAUCAGUUUCAAAGUAUAAACCAAGCCCCGAGACUUACCGGAAAUGGAUAAAUCCAGGGAAAUCUGCUCGUGAAUCGCCAGUCUGCUUUACAGAACUACAAGGGAGUUUUUUCAACCAUCGCCCCCGAAAACUGAAGAACCUAAUACUCCUGGUGAAACACUGGUAUCAGCAGUGCCAAAAGAGACUGAAAAAAGACUCCUUUCCCCUACAAUAUGCUCUGGAGCUGCUAACAGUCUAUGCCUGGGAGGAGGGGAGUGGAGCAGAUGAUUUCAACACAGCUGAAGGCAUCCUAACAGUCCUGGAGCUGAUUAUAAACUACCACAAGCUCUGUGUCUACUGGACAGUCAAUUACAACUUUGAGGAUGAGACCGUCAGGAAUUACUUGCAGUCCCAGCUCCAAAAAGAAAGGCCAAUCAUCCUAGAUCCAGCAGACCCAACUAGUAAUGUCAGUGGAAGUGAUCCCAAGCCCUGGGAACAGCUGGCCGAAGAAGCAAAAAUCUGGAUAUCUUCCCCCUAUUUUAUGAAGCAGAAUACUUCAUCUUGGAUGCCCUGGGAUGUACUGCCAGCAUCUCUUUAUGUAACUCGAGGCCAUAAGCUUGAUAAGUUCAUCCAUGAUUUUCUCCAACCUAAACAAGAAUCCCUGGAUCAGAUUGGAGAAGCUGUGGACAUCGUCUUUAAGUUCCUGACAGAAAAAUGCUUCAAAAAUUCAACCAUAAAUGUUAAGAAAGUUGUGAAGGGUGGAUCCAUUGGCAAGGGCACAAACAUCUGUGACCCUGGCUGGAGCCUGUACCCAAGAGGCUCCGAUGUCGACUUGGUUGUCUUCCUUAGCUGCUUCCAAAACUACGGUGAUCAAAUUGCCAACAGGUCCAUUAUCAUCAAGGAAAUUCAGAAGCAGUUUGAAAUCUGUCAGCUGAAGGAGCAGUUUGAAAUAGAGUUUGAGGUCACAAAAUGGAAGAACCCACGAGUGCUCAGCUUCACCCUGAAAUCCAAACUUCUUAAUCGGUGCCAAGAAUUUGAUUUGCUGCCAGCCUUCAAUGCCUUGGAUUCAUGGGUUCCAAAAUCUAAACCAGACGCUGAGACUUAUAUCAAGCUCUUUGAAUUAUCCGAAAGCAGCGUCGGGGGUGAAUUCUCCACCUGUUUCACAGAACUGCAGAGAGACUUCAUCAGAUCUCGUCCCACCAAGCUUAAGAGUCUUAUCCGUCUGAUGAAGCACUGGUACAAACAGUGUCACAGGAAAUUAAAGAAGAAAGGGUCCCUCCCUCCAAAGUAUGCCCUGGAACUUCUGACAAUCUAUGCCUGGGAGCAAGGUAGUGGAAUGGAAGAUUUUAACACAGCUGAAGGCUUCCUGACAGUCCUGAAAUUAAUUAUGCAGUACCAAAAGCUCUGUGUCUACUGGACAGUCAACUAUGAUUUUCAGGAUGAAACCAUCAGGAAUUUCCUAUUGAAACAGCUCAAGAAACCCAGGCCUGUGAUCCUGGAUCCAGCUGACCCUACUGGAGAUGUUGGUGGAGGAAACCGUUGGUGUUGGCACCUCUUGGCCCAUGAAGCUGAAAUCUGGUCAUCUUCUCUCUGCUUCAAGACAGGGAACUUUGAUGCUGUAGAGCCCUGGCCAGUGCUGACAGUCCAGACUCCAGGAAGCAGAGGGCUUGGGCUUUCUCCCAUUGUCAACCCAAAAUUCAUGUACAAAUGGAAUAUUCUUCAUACCUUAAAGCUGAAGUCACCUCAAAAAUGAUCUGAUGCAACCUACCUCCUAUCCCCUACCAUUUAAUUUUCAAAAAAUAUCUAAUGAUAUUUGAUCAAACCAAAAGGACUCAUCUUCAUUCCUCAUUCUCACUACAUAGUUUGGGACAUUGUUCAACAAUCUACUUCUCAAAAUUCUCUUCCCUGGCAUGAGCCUCCAAAUUUGUGGAGUGACUUUCCUUAUUUUCCACCUAUUUAUCUCAUUAUGCACA